AUGAAGAACAGAACUAGUCCGGAAGUGAUCAGAGCCUUAGAUGCUCGCGCCGAGAAGACCCAGGAUGAACUCUUAGAGAUCGAAGAAGAAAUUGAGUGGCUUCUGGGCAGGCGCAGUCGGCUGCAACUCACCAACUAUUUCGUGCAAAAGCAAAUCGAAGAAUGGCACUACAAUCGCAAAUUCGAGCCGUUCCUUCGGCUUCCUCUCGAGAUUCGACAAAUGGUCUACGACCACUAUAUCGCACAAGACACCUUUCUCAGCGCUUACGAUGAGCCCAUUGUAUUUGUCUGCAAGCAAAUGCGCGAAGAGUUCCUCGACUGGCUCGGCAUCAAUCGGCCUCUUCUCGUGCCUCUGAAGCUCAAAUACAGCAGUUCCGGCUCGGCACCCACAUUUUCCAAGCCCCAUCACUUCCUGAGAACGGUAUGGUCCGACAUACCAGCGCAGAUUGUUGAUCGCGUACGGUGUCUCGAUAUCCGAAUUGAAGCCGGGGGGGAUGUAUGUUGCAAAUUGUACGUGGCGAGCGGGCAAGUCCGAUUCAUUGAAUCAUCAAACGGGUUGGGAAUAUUACAAUUUCAAGGCAUCGCGGAGACAUUCCGAGAGAAACUGCAGCUCGUGGGUUCAUUGAUUGCCAAGGAAGGUUCGGGGCUGAGGAAUAUCCAUCUGAAGUGGCUAGUUCGAGUUCUGACGCAGAAAGGGAGGAGCUUGGCAGACAUGGAGCGGAAGCUCAGUCGUGAAGUACAAGCCAGAUUGUCAUUGCCGACCGGAUUCAACCAGCUGCCCUUUUCUGACUGUGGCUCAGAGGACUGGUGCACAUGA